GCUACGAUAGCAAUUCGGUUUAUAGAGUAAACGGGGCCGUAGUUUCACUCAUAAAUCAACGAGCGGAAGAUAAUCACGAGUUAUAAUAUGUAACUCGAUAUGCAACAUACUACGACGGAGUCUUUGUCAAACUUAACUACGACGGAGAAGCACGUAAGGUUUCAGUUGAAAAAGGUGUGGUUUUUCUCGUCGAAACAAAGUUUCCUAGAGUAAUUUUUACCUACAAGCUUAAGAAUUACGACUUAUUUGAUCCUGACCACACUGAAUCCGCAUCAACCUAAAACAACCUAAAACAAUCUAAUCAUGACUUGUAAAAUAAAAAGCCAACGACCUUCAGACAGUAAAACUAAAGCAUUUGGUCCUAAAAAUAUCGAUCAUGAAACAAACCUGGAUAAUAUUUCUGAAAAAGGUUUGAACGAACAACUUUUGAAAAUUCGGUGUAUUGAUGCAAUUGCGUUUAACAUGGUGGGUAGAAUAUAUUAUGACGGGGGACAGUACGACAAAGCAAAAGAUUCGUUCAAACAAAGUUUAAAAAUUACAACUGAAGUAUUUGGUUCUGAACAUGUUAAGAGAGCAACAACGUUAUACAACAUGGGUUUGGUCUUUUAUGACACGGCAGAAUACGACAAAGCCAAAGACUUCUAUGAACAAGCCUUAGAAAUUGAAACUAAAGCCUUUGGUACUGAACAUAUUAAUGUUGCAACAACGUUACACAACUUGGGUUUGGUCUUUUAUGACACGGCAGAAUACGACAAAGCCAAAGACUUUUAUGAACAAGCCUUAGAAAUUGAAACUAAAGCCUUUGGUCCUGAACAUAUUAAUGUUGCAACAACGUACAACAAUUUGGGUUUGGUUUAUUAUGACACGGCAGAAUACAACAAAGCAAAAGAUUUUUAUAGACAAGCUUUAGAAAUUGAAACUAAAGUAUUUGGUCCCGACCAUAUUAAUGUUGCAACAACGUACAACAAUUUGGGUUUGGUUUAUUAUGACACGGCAGAAUACGACAAAGCCAAAGAUUUUUAUGAACAAGCUUUAGAAAUUGAAACUAAAGUAUUUGGUCCUGACCAUAUUAAUGUUGCAACAACGUACAACAAUUUGGGUUUGGUUUAUUAUGACACAGCAGAAUACGACAAAGCCAAAGAUUUUUGUGAACAAGCUUUAGAAAUUGAAACAAAAGCAUUGGGACCUGACCAUAUUAAUAUUGCAACAACGUACAACAAUCUGGGCUUGGUUUACAAAGAUAUGAGAGAGUACGAAAAAGCAAAAGAUUUUUACGAACAAGCCAUAGAAAUUGAAACAAAAGCAUUUGGGCCUGACCAUGUUAAUAUUGCAACAACGUACAACAAUCUGGGUUCGGUUUACAGUAAAAUAGAAGAGUACGAAAAAGCAGAAGAAAUUUACCAACAAGCUUUACAAAUCAAAACAAAAAUUUUUGGUUAUAACCAUGGUAACACAGCUACAACAUACAACAAUUUGGGUUCAGUUUAUCUCAGCAAUGGGGAAUACGUCAAAGCAAGAGAUCUUUACGAACAGGCUAUAGACAUUCAAGCCAAAGUAUCUGGUCCCGAUCAUGUAUUUUAUGCUGCAAUGUGCAACAACUUGGGUUUUGUUUACAUGAGAUUGGAAGAGUACGACAAAGCAAAAGAUUUGUAUGAACGAGCCUUAGAUAUCGAUUCUAUAGCUGAAUUUGUCAAUAUGGCUGCAACGUUCAACAAUUUGGGCUGUGCUUAUAGUCAUUUGAAAGAAUAUGAGAUGGCAAAACAUUAUUUUGAACGAGCUUUAUUACUCAAAACGAAAAUAUCUGUUCCCAACCAGCCGUUUAACAAAGGCACAAUUUUGGGCAAUCUGAUAUCCGUUUGCUCUUUGCUUGGAGAAAACAAAAAAACAAAAUAUUUUUCCGAACAAGCUUUAGAAUUUGAAAUUGGCCAAAUUUAUUCGUCAUGUAAAGAAAUUAACGAGGUUGAUUCGUGUCAGUUAAUCGACAAUAUCAAAUUGUUGCCAGAUUCAACUUUAUACGGCCUAGAAUACAGAAAACAAGGCAUCGACUGUACAGUAAAAGAAAUGAAAGAUUCAGAUCUUACCGGGGAUACAACUACCAAAAUGAAGAAAUCUUAUACAAUUCCAGAUGAUGAUGUAGAGAAUGACGACGAUUUCUUUAUCGAAAAUUUUCUUGACGAAUACUACGGCAUUCGUGACGAAAUUCAUGAUAUAUUAAGGAGUUUUUCUUGGAUUCGUGGUGGAUAUGGUGUACGAUGGAAACCUCGUCUUUCUUUGUAUGUGACAGUGGCAGCUGAAAGAAAAAAUGAUGAAGAUGCAUUAAGAAAAGAAAUUGAUGAAACUUUUAGAUGGAAAGCUUCUCCUUACUUUGAAUUUGAACCAGAACCAAAGAAAUCGCGAUUUCGAUGGUUAUCAGACCUAGAAGUAGUAAAAAAAGAGAACAGUUUUAAUCCUUUGACAGGAAAAAUUGACGAUGAAUGUGAAACAAGAGCAAAAGAGGUCAAAUUCCAAGGCAAACAAAGCUUAUAACAAAGAUAUGUAAUAAAUGCAUUUAGAUGACGAAGUUUUAUCCUGUC